AUGCAAAUGGGCGUGGCGCCGCUGGACGCUGCGCAUGCCGAGCCCUCCUCCGUGAGCAUCACCAGUCGGCCGUGGCUGCGGCGCUGCAUCUUUUCCUUCGUCGUGAUCAAACACAUCGUGUCAGCCCUGUAUUUGAUCGCCCAGAUAGCCAUCAUUUGUAAUAUGGACGCGGCCGAGAAACUCGCGACCCGCGUGAUCGCCAUACCGAGCACCACAGUCGCGUACUCGGUGCUGGCCGGGCUGCACAUGACGCUACUUGUGCAGCACUGUCGUCAUCCUCGGCAAACAUCUCGCAGCAGCCCCGACGUGAUAACUUCGUCUCGACUAACUAGGGCCACACUCUUUCGUUGGCUUGGUAGCGACGGGUUUAUGAUCUUGUACAACGUGAUCGAACUGACCUGCCAGAGCUACGAAGCGUUUGCGAUUUCGAAGCAGCUGGUAAACCACGCCAUCGUGGCCACGUACGUGGGGUUUGUAGCCCUUCAUGCGAUGGUCACGCCGAUGUUCUUUGCCACGCGGCACACGGCCACCAAGAUCGUCAUGGUUAACUGGACGUCCAGCAUGUGCAGCUUUGUCACGUCCAGCGUCGUGCAUAUCUUUGGGAUGAUCAUUCCCCUCGCGAGGUACGUGUGGCUGGACCCAAACCUUGGUAGAAACCCAAUCUUUCUCGUGCGGGGGGUCAAGUACGCCCGGUACAACCUGGUCACGUCCGUGGGUGAUUGGGUUGCGAAAUGCGGGAUUCAAUUGGGCUCGAUUCUAUCGCUGUGGAGGCUCGUGCAUUCGCUGCGCAUUGCCUCCAAAGCCCAAAGACGCGGUAGCCCGCUUACGAAGCAGCCCUCGAUGCAACCCCCCCGACCCCUCCUGGCCUUUUUCCGAUUGAACCUAUACGUUAGACUGUACAUUGUGGGCAGUUCACUCUGGGGCGCCGUGUUGUUGGUGUCGCUUGCUCACACGACAUGGUACCGCCAGCCGUGCCCGACCACUUGCCAAUCGUUCACUACUCCUCUAUGGGACACGACAUGCCAGUGCCUCUACGCGCAUGUGAACUGCGCGACACUACACGUCGACGACGUGGACAAGGCGCUGGACGCCAGCCUCCUCGGACAGAUCUUGUUUGCAAUCCUUAUCAGCCGCUGCGACCUUCCACGUGGCGUCCGCAAUGCGACGCUGCAUCAAUUCCCGGCUUUGUAUUAUUUUGGCGUCAAGUUCACCAACACGACGUCGUGGACAGACCAAGCGUCUCUGCCCCCAGUAGUAAACGUUGUGGCAUUUCGAUACAUGCCGCUACGGACGCUCCCGUCGAUUUUGCUCGAAAACCUCCCAUCUACGUUGACCUCUAUGACUGUGUCCAACCUCCCACUACGCGACGCGUUCGAGCUUCCAGCGUCAUGGAUAUCGGUCACACGGCUAUGCUUGACCAAUGUCAGCCUCUCGAAGCUGUCAUCGGACGUCCUACAAAGCAUGGACGUGAACAAGCUGUUUCUGUAUCACAAUGCGUUGACGACGUUGCCAACUCGGUUGCAACACAUGCCAAAGCUCAGUAUCGUCGACGUGUCGGGGAACGAGUUCACGAAAGCGCCGUGGGAUUUGCUCAACGACCAGCGUCGCACACUGCUCUUGUGUGAUAACCCCCUUGACGACCCCCGUGUCCCCGACACCAUCGACGAGACCACUCGUCAAGCCUACAUCAAGACGUUCCAAGCUUCGUGUGCGAGUCCGUGCGCCCCUCAAUGUUACCCCCAUUUAGUUGGCGACCACGAGUGUCAACUAUCGUGCUUCAACGCCGCCUGCAACUACGACGAUGGCGACUGCGAUGAAUUUGGGUUUGAUCGACUGGAGUAAAUAAAUAAUAUAUCUCCGAACCCCGAAACCCCGGAGG